GAUCUGGAAUCACGACACAUAUUCCCGUACACGUACAAAACUCUCAAAAGUACUACUGUAUUACUAGUGAACUAAACCUAUCCUAGUGUACAAAUACGCUUUCAUAUUUACACACCUUUGAAGCGUUUGUCUACUUUACGCCUCGCUAUACACUGUGAAAAAAAACAUCUUUUUUCGUUACUUUUGUUGUCUACGCUAUUCAUCGAAACAGGCGUGGCUAAGUCUUACUUUUCUUCUUUCUCUUCUUUGCAGCGAGCGUUGAAUAGUUUACCUGGGGCAAUCAUCGCAUCGUCGCCAUAGCACAUGCGCCAUGCUGUCGAUGCCUUCAAAAUGCACAGAUUCUUCUGCCAGCUGCAUUUUUUCGACCACAACCGCACCACUACACUUAGUCUAGUCGGCGAAUCGAUUUAUCGAUAAGAAGGAAUACACGUUCACGUUGAUACCCUCAACCUACAACCCUCCGUCUGGAUUGGAACACAUUUUAUCCCCUUUUUUGCACACCCCUACGGAGAACAUUGGAUUCUUACUUCCCCUUCUUCAAUACGUACCGUUUUUCAGCGCCCUUUUUCCACCACUGCACUGAGCCACACAAACACACAUAAACGGAGUUGCCAACGCAUGGACGAAGCGAAGGCACUGGAUGGAACUAACCGGCGGGAAUCAGCCGGACUGACUGGUUCGAAUCUGUCGCACAUGCGUUUUGUCGUUCGUACCGUACGGACGUGUUUGGCGUACAACAGCAAACAUUCAGCGACCCACGAAAACAUCGACGCAGAAAUACAUCGAUCCGUGUCCCGUGCGUAUCUACAGGGGUUGAUGUCAAGAAGUGAUUGUGCAAAAAUGUUGCCAAAACUCGUAAACAGUACAGUGAAAGGUUUGUUCUAAAACACGACAAAACUUGCAUAUUGCUCAAUUGAAAGAGGUUACUGCGAUCCGUUUCGUGUAAAAUGCGUGUUUAAAUUGGAUGCGAAUGGAUGUGUGCGAGAAGUGUAUAAUUCUAUCUGCAAUUGUUAUCGAUCGAGGACAUCUUCGAAACAACCAAAAUCCAAAAACAAACAAAAAUUCUCAAUGAUCUUUUCAUGAAGCUAGUGAAAAUCUGAAGAAAAAAAUUGUAGUGAAUUAAUAGUGUCCCACACGUGAACAACAAACGCGAAGAUGCUGGAGUUUUAUCACAAUCUCAAUAUUAACACCGGUUUGCCACCUGCGGCAGCAAACACCGAUACUAGUUUAAAGGAUAAUAAUAACAUGCUGGACGGUAACGAACGGACAGACAUCGUCGGUACAAUCAAGAGCGAAAAAACGCAGGAAAUAUGUGAAGGAUGCGGACAAAAGAUAAAGGAUCGCUACUUCAUGAAGCUCUCCCCGGACCAGUUCUGGCACGAGCAGUGCCUUCUCUGCUGCAUAUGCCGCAUUCAGCUAAACCAAACGUGCUACACCAAAAACACCAAGGUCUAUUGCAAGGACGAUUACUAUCGAAUUUUCGGCGUGCCAUCCGUUCAUCAGCAGCACCAGCACCAACAGCACGGCCAACAGCGGGACUGUUACGGUUGUGGCGAACGCAUCGCACCGAGCGAAUUGGUAAUGAGGGCGAAACAUCUCGUCUACCAUCUGCAUUGCUUCCUGUGCUACACCUGCAACCGACCGCUACAGAAAGGCGAACCAUUCUCCAUCCGUGCCGGCAAACUAAUCUGCCAGCAUGACCUGGAAAAAGAUUUCUACGGUUCCGCGGCAGCAGCAGCGGCAGCCGCAGCCGCCAUGCAUCACCAUCACGGUGCGGGGCUACCGCAUCCAACUCAUCUUCCACCUGCGGCACACCUGUAUGGCGAUGGCGAUGACUAUCUGCUCGACGAUGGCCUACGGACACGGGAUGGCCGUCGUGGACCGAAGCGACCACGCACGAUUCUCACCUCAGCCCAGCGCCGUCAGUUUAAAGCUUCGUUCGAUGUGUCACCGAAACCUUGCCGCAAGGUCAGGGAAGCAUUGGCCAAAGAUACCGGUCUGUCCGUGCGGGUAGUUCAGGUGUGGUUCCAAAACCAACGGGCAAAAAUGAAGAAGAUUUCGCGCAAAUCCAAAACGAACGCUAAUGGCGCAGAUGGUGAGAAGAACCAUUCGGAUAAGGAGGACAAAUCGAUCAAGUUGGAAUCACCGAGCAGCGAACACAGCCACUAUCUCGGGCUGGACAGUUCGUACAGCUCAUCCAGCCAACCGUUGAAUCCGAACCUUCCGUACUCGCCUGAUUUCCCAGACAAUUCCGACGCCAGUCUGUGCAGUUCGGACAUUUCGCUAGACGAAAGUUUCGACAAUGUGGACGAAGCAACGUCCGAUACAAUGUCGCUACAAAACCUAGAUCUUCAGCCAAACCUUAACAGCGGUGGGGGUGGGAUUGGUACAGGCCAAGGCACAUGUUCGGGUCCCGGUGUACAUAAUGGGCAGCUAGUCAAUCACAACAACAAUACCAUCGGUUCGAUGAUGUCGAACAUGGCCGGCAGCAUAACGCACAUCGACAAACUCUACCUGAUGCAGAACUCCUACUUCAACUCGGCGCAGAUCGAACAGUGACCGGAAGUGAUGGACCAGCUGCACUUGAAUUAAGGCGCACCGAAACUAGUCAAUGAAAUCCGGCGUAAGGGAAUAGAAAUCGCGCGAACUAUUAUUUCACGCCAGGGACAUAAUGUUUAAGCGGUCUGUUUGCCAUAUGUUGUGGCAGCACACGUUUGAAGCUGUUACCUUGCAAUAGGUUCUUAAUUUAUGAGAUUGGUAGUUUUUAGUAAUUUAUUGUUGUUACAGAGCUUCAGUUUCCUAUCAUGGAAUGCACAAUUUGCAACAGAUUAGCGAGAUGGUUCCUAAUGUCUAUCGGCCAAAAUCAAAUGGUCUGUUCAGGAUGCGCCAAGAACAAUCGCGAUGAUGAUGAAACUAAGUACUAAUUGAGCAAUUUUGUGAAAUAUGUAAAGAAAAAAAAGACACAAUAUUCGAAAGCA